GAAUAAGCCAGUUACUUUGCUUCGUAGUACACCCCUCUGCUACAUUAUUUAUCCUAACUUGGUCGAAACCGUACAUUUUCUUUACUUCGCUCCUUCCAAGAUCGCGAACAAAUUGUCCAAACGGUACACCGUAGUUCAACUAGUUGAAAGGCCAUAUAUGCUGGUACUCAGGAAACAUGGCGGCCACCAUGGCUAGGAACGUCCGUGGUUUGAUUGGGCCAUUGAGUCUGUUCGUUAGUGGGCAGCAGAUCUGUCGGUUCUCCACCAUUAUACUUCGUCAAACCGUCCAGAGGUCCCAGCUGACUACUCCUACCUGGGCUUCUCUGUCUGCUAAAACCUUCCAGACACCCAGACAGAGUAUCCUGGAACGUGUUGCACCUCUCAUUCCCAGGUUGGUCCAGCAGCCAAGCAGAAACCUUACAUACAUCAGUCUGAAGAAGGGGAAAAGGAAAUCUGUGAGGUCAGUGGUGAAGAGGUUCAUGCGACUGCACUGUGGCCUGUGGAUCAGACGGAAGGCUGGAUACAAGAAAAAGCUGUGGAAGAAAAUGCCAGCCAGAAAGAAGCGUUUAAGGGAGCACGUGUUUUGUAACAGAACACAGAGCAAGCUCUUGGACAAAAUGACAUCUAAAUUCUGGAAGAGGAGGAACUGGUUUGUAAAUGAUCCCUACAAGAAAUACCAUGAUCGUGUCAACUUAGAAGUUUAAUUAAUGGGUGGAGAUGGCCUGCCCUAGUACAAUUGUAGAGACAAACUGACUUCAAAUAUUUCUUGAAAUUUAUUAAAAUACAAUAUGAAAAAAACAG